GGGUGGAUGAAGCAGAUAUUCUGGAGAAAGAACAUCAGAUCCAGUGACAUCUCCUCUAAUGUCUAGUUUCACACCUAAUCAAGCACCAUCAUUGCAUGAAGUGCCGACACCAGUUAUGCCGGAUUCAGUUGUUGUCAACAUAUCGGUACCAUCUUCAUCUGUGGGGAUAGAAACACCUAGAAAUGACAUUGUAUCUACAACUUCGUCAAAUACAACUGAUGAUACCCGCACCCGAAUUGAAAUUGUCCUGGGAUGUUUGGAGCCAAGUAACGAUGUAUCUCGGGCAAUCACAAAACUCUUUAAGGAAAAAUUAGAUCCCGAAGGAUAUGAUUGGAAGUCAGUUACACCAGAGAUUAAGGACUUCUACUGGGAGGAGUUUAAGAUCAAACAAGAACAAAAGAAAAACAUAGCUGAUGAAACAGAACCACCACAACUAGCUAAAAGAUAA